AUGGACAAGAUACUUCAAGAAAUUCAAGCAUCUAUGCAUCAAAAAGGUGCGCUCGGGACGUGGGACGGAGAGGUCACGGGGAAGACAGAGAGGGUGAAAGACUAUUUUAAUAAUAUUAAUGCUGUCACUAUAAAGCACUUCAACACUUCACUUAGCGAACUUAGCGGUUGUGGUCCCGGCGAAGUUGCCGACAAAUUGGGUAACUGUUUCAUCCAUGCAGAUGCUAUAUUAAAUGCGUUCAAGCUAGCUGAGUCAUACUAUAGUGACCUAGACCCUAAACUUGGAGAUAAGUUGAAGGAUUCAAUAUAUAAAAUACAUGUGCAGGUAGCGAAGUUCCAUGGAGCGGCGACUAAUACGGAGUUGCGCAACCUUUUGGACUGUAGUGCAAGGCAGUUGAAUGCGAUAAAAUCAAAUCUCGACGGAUUACGUUCGAACAAAUUUAAGGAAUUGCAAAAUGCUCUCUACCAGGACCUUCACAAGGCUUUCAAGGAGGUAGAGGGCGGGAUUACAAGUGUUAUAAGUAAGUAUGAUAAUAAGAUUUUCCAGCCGGUUGGAAUUAUCAAGAGCGCUUCGGAUAGUUUCAAAACGGAAAUCAAUGAGACUAGAAUUUCUCUUCAGGAAGCCAUCCAGGUAGUGGAGGGAGAGAUCAGGAAGCUGGAGAAUUUUAGAGAUCUGGAGAGUAUCGGAGCUAGCCUAAAAGGAACGGUACAGUUAUUAAGCGCUAUUAAUAGUGAUCCAUUUGAUCGUGUCAAAAGUAUUUCACUUCACUUGAAACUGGUGUAA